AUGGCUAUAGAAGGACUUCGAAAUGAGGUCAGAUCCCAAUCAAUAAUAGACAGAGCAAACAUGGAAGAUAAAAAUCAAGAUAAUUCUAUACAUGGACAGCGCAAACCCGAGAAAGCUUUCACACAGAAGCAGACAGUUGUAAAGCCCUAUUUACAACCUAGAUCAUACUCAGAAGUUGUUGCUAAGCCCGAUUUCUACAUAAUGGUAGAAUCUGCUGAUCACCGAAACACCUGUGACGAUAUUAUCAAACAGGUAAAGAAUCAUACAAAUAUUAUCGAUUUGGGUAUAUGA